AUGAGCAUUCCUCAGAUAGAGGAGAAUCUGUACGAGCGCGUCGACGUGGGCGGCGUGAACGCGGUGGGGGCCGUGGGCGCCGUCGGGGCCAUGGGCGCCAUGGGGGCCGUGGGCGCCGUGGGCGGGCUGGGAGCCCUCGCCGGCGUGGGGCGCGGCGGCGCGGCCUACUGGUGGUGGCGCGUGGCGCCGCCCUGCCGUCGCCACCGGCGCGCCUCGCAGACGCUGGAAUUCAACGAGCGCCUGGCGCCGGCGCGGCGCGACGAGGCGCAGGGCACCGUGCCGCGCGCGCGCCGCCUCGUGCGCGGCGCGCUGUGCGGCGCCGUGCACCUGCAGAUGGCGGCGCGCGCGCGCCUGUCGGCCUCGUGCGGCACCAUCGACGCGCCGCCGCCGCGCCUGCUGCUCAUGCAGCGCUGGCGCGCGCCGGCGCCGCCGCCGCCCGCGUCGCGCUCCUACCACCUGCUGCCCGAGAGCCAGCGCGCGCCGCCGCACCCGCGCUUCCGCGGCGCGGAGAGGCCGUGCUGCGAGGCGGACGAGGAGGCGUACGAGGCGGACGAGGGCGAGGCGGAGGCGGCCGGCGCGCGCUCGUCGUCCAACUCGGACGCCGACUCGGACGAGGAGCCGCUGCGCCCGGACUGAGCGACGCGGACGACCGACUGUUACGAACGAUUUAUCUAAUUUGAAAUAAAAGUAAUAUAACUUAGUCGUAGACCGAUUGUACCUUCAUCGACGGCCGCGGGGGGCCGAGGGCCGAGGGCCGAGGGCCGGGUUCGCGGCUCGGGAAAGGGAUGCAUUUACUUCUGAAGUGUGACGUCGAUGUCUCUCGCUCCUUCUCUGUGUUUAGUAUAAUUGUGAAAAAAUGAAUCUCAAUCAAGAUGCGUUUGUCGAGCGCUAUUAUUCGACAAAGAUGUGCUCCCGAUUAUGAUUAAGCAAAAUGUAUCGUAAUAGCGAUUUGGCUAAUUUUACAACGAAGUAUUUGAACUCGUCGCCUCCAUGUCGCGAGUGAUAUCAUUCCCGACUAUCGCUGAUCGAGCGAAGUUCUUAGUAAACGUUUCAGUAUUGCAAACAUUCCAUUGUAGUAGCGCCGCCGACGCCGACGAGGGAACUCUGAGCACUCUGUGAUGACGCGCCGGUGCCGACACGCUUAGGGCGCACUUGUAUGCUUCUUGAUCGUUAGACGACGUGAAUGUGUCGGCAUUGGGACUGAGUCUAAUAUAUUCUCGUUUUGGUUUCGUAGCACGUAAACAAAAGAACAAUAAUAUUAUAAUCUUCAAUACGAUUGUCUUAAAAUUAUAUCUUUAUUGUAGUUAAAUGAAUAAAUGUGACUUUCCAA